GAUUUCGAUUCAUUCGUUGGUGGUUCUUCGAUUUCGUUUCGUUUGUUUAUUUUUACCAGUUACAUUUUUCUCUUACGAUUUAUUCUAAAUAUAAAUAUAAAUAACCGUUGCGCUCGCUAAAUAUAACUUCUGUCGUUCCUUUUUUUUUACUGUACGGCACAGGGAUAACGCGUUACCGGAAGUAUUAUUUAAAAUGCGGUACAUUUUCUUAUCUACGAUAUUUAGUGUUGUUUUUGCGUUUGAAAAAGAUAUGACUUUUACAGUGCAAGCCGGAAAAAUGGAUUGUUUCUUCCAGAAAGUUUCACCUAACGAAGUAAUCGACAUAGAGUAUCAGGUGAUAGAUGCCACACAUGGAGAGCUGGACGUGUCAUUCCAGAUGGCUGAUCCCGCUGGCCUAGUCAUUGUGGCGGAUUACAAAAAACCGGAGAACUCUCACCGGUACACGGCCACCCUCGACGGUGACUACAGAUUCUGUUUUGACAACACAUUUAGCACAUUCAGCCAGAAAACGGUGUUCUUCGACCUGAUGAUUGACACCGAGGAUACACAAGAGAAGGAUUAUGAUGACGACAGAGAAAUGGAGUUAGGCAACGCGGCUGAGACGUACAUGAUGCGCGUCCGCGACAUAUCGGAGUCAGUGUCGCGGGUGCGCGACAACGUGUCUACCGCGCGGCGGCUGCAGGAGCUGCACUCGGCGCACGAGGCGCGCGACCGGAACCUCGCCGAGGACAUGUGCUCCAGGGUGCUGACGUGGUCAAUAGGGCAGAUUAUAUUGAUGCUGCUCGUCGGUAUCACUCAGGUGUACUUCGUGAGGAGUUUAUUUGAAGAUAAACACAGCAUCAGCUACAAGAGAUUCAUACCGAGCUUCAGUUCGCAAUGAUGCCAAAGAUUUUUUUAUAAUGAUUGUAAAUAACAAUAGUGAUAAGUCAAGUAAAUCUGUGUCAAGUGUAUAAGUGUCCACUUUAACACGGUACCCCCCCCCCCACUCCCCCAAACUGUCCCCUCCACCGCGUGCGCCCGUACACAGACAGGGGAGGGUUGAAUUCCCUGGUGGAAACCUUGAAAAUAUUUGUUCCGAUAUCAGCUGAACAUUGGUCUCCCCCAUAGACUGCCAUAAGGAACAGUCCUGAGCCACCUGCAUCCACUAGCUUCCUGCAAUGCAUUUGAAGUCGUUACUCCAUCUAGUGGAGGGUCGUCCUAUACUUUGAUUUUCCAUAUUGGGGUCUUUUUUUUAAUGGGUAACAGUGGAAUGGUAACCCCACCCGCGCUGUCGGUAUACACCAGUGAAUGAUGAUAGGUGAGGAUGAAGCAGGUCAGUUAGCCCAUCGUGACGAAUUCAACGAGAAUUGUUCACGGUGGUUUCCAGGGGGAACCACGUGGAGGUUGACCUAAUAGGGCAUAUUGCUAGCAAUGGGGCUGUUAAACUCCAUUGUUAACAAUCCCUUUGGAGGAGCGUGCCGUGUUAUUGUAGAUGAUCUAUACAGUUCAAAUCAAGUAAAGCUUGUAAUAUGGACAUAGCAAAUGAUAGGCAUAAUUUUUUUUUGUAAAUAAAUUGUCAAUAGAAGAGAAACCGAAAGCUUUAUUAAUUAACCAACUGCGUUUAAAAAAAAAUCUUUAAUAUUAUAAAAAAAUAUGGUAUAUUGAGGGGAAUGAUAGCCGUGUGGUCCCGGCGUAGAAUAGGCCACCCCUUCCUUCCCCGUGGGUGUCGUAAGGCGACUAAGGGACGGCGAGGGACGGGCAGCAGCGUCCCUCUUGAAACAUCUCCGAAGUCCAGCUGCAGUUGUAAAUUCGUCUGCCAAGGGUGCUGACUGCGGGCAAAAUCCCCCCAAAGGGGGAGAUUUAUGUUCAGCAGUGGACAGUUAAAGGCUGAUAAGAGGAUGAUGGUAUAUUCAGGGGGGGGGGGGGAAUUGGUAGUAAUGGAAAUCUAAAACCCCAUUGUUAACAAAAUCAGGUCCGUGUCAGGUCGACCUCUAGGCGGUUUUUUUUUGCUGGGUGAAAAUGGUACGGUAACCCCGCCUGCGCUAACGGGAUACGCUGGCGGAGCACCAGUGAAGGGUGAUAGGUGAGAAUGAAAACAGGCCAGUUAGCACAUCAUGAUGAAUUCAUCAGGAAUUAACCAUGUUAGUUUCCAGGGAGAACCGCGAGGAGGUCGACCUGGUUGGGUAUAUUGCUAGCAAUGGGAUUCUCAGUCUCCAUUACUAACAAUCCCUUUCCCCCCACCUCUACGCGGUUAGAUAUUUGCUUGCAAUAUAUCAUGUUUUUUUAUACGUUUUACUCUGAGUCGCCAUUUUUAUUUUGUAGUCGUUGCCAGUAUUCGUCAGUAUUGUCAUUUUUAGCUAGUAAUGGUUGCUUGGGUGUUACGUAACUUUUAGGGAAGGGGAAGGGCUACAGAAGAAUUACGGCGCGUUACAUGAGGGGGGGGAGUAAGGGAUAAGUCUUUAAAAAUGUCAUUAUUAGAUUAGGACUUAAGAGCGUUCAUGUUUCAGCUUGCCGAGCAGCAACGACGCAAUUAUACAAUAAAUUUACGGACGUUAAAUAAUGUUUUUGUGAGCUAAGGUGGAUUUUGUCUGGGGUUGCCAUCUCUAAAAUGUGCCAAACAGGACAAGACGCGUGAAACCCAGAGAUUUAAGAGCCCAGAACGCGGGCAUAUCUACGGUAUUUUUUUUUAUAUAGUAUAAUAAAAAACAGUUGAAAAUGUUAAAAAUUACUUUUUUAUGUAUUUACAUACUUAAAAAUUUAAUUUAGUCAUGAUUUAUUAUAAUUUUAAAUGUACCUAACAAAACAGAAUUACGCCCAAAAGACUGUAAAAUACGCCUCGCCCGGACGCAAUAUGGAUGCCCUCUAAACUAGGACAAAUCCGGGGUAACUUGGACGGAUAGCAACCUUAAUUUUGACCUACUUACAAUGUUAAAACUACAUAAUACAUACAUACUUUUUAAAAAUAAUAAAAAAUCGUUAUUCUGAACUAUUACUAUUGGAUUUAGUACGAAUAAAAUAUUAAGUCCCAUUUGUUGGGCCGAUUUCAGUACUAAGAACAAGGAAUUACAUAGAAGGAAUGAUAAAAUAAAAACUGUAAAUCAUACGGUUGCCUCCUUUCUUCUUAUGCAAAUAUAAUUAGUAAAAAGAGGACGAAAGAUACACCAUCAGUUGCUAUUUCUCUCAAUUCGUAGCAGGCUAGUGUAUAGACAAUGUUUGAUAUGUCAAUUAUUUGUCAAUGACAAAUGUUACAUUACUAGAUUAUAUAUUGGACACAGUUUAUGUAGACAGUAUGCGAGCAGGUUGUAUCUGUAUUUGGUGGGGUUAUACGGCCAACAUUUUUUAUACACUAGCCUGCUAUGAAUUGACAAUUUUAUCACUCGUUCAAUUUAAUUCCUUGUUCUUAGUUCAAGUACGAACGUAAAUACGAAAUUUCUAAUUUCAUUUAAUGGUAGAUUCGCCGUAGUAAUGUUUAAAAUUGGAGUUACAAUAUUAGAUUUCGGAUUGUAUGAUAUGUAUUUUCCAAGACAAAUACAAGGAGUCCCAAACUUUUAGCACGGGACCCCUUUUCAGUACAAAUCCAUCUUAGAAUUUGAAAAUUGUUAAUAAUUAUAUCAUUAUUUAUAUUGAAAUUUUGCACAAAACAGUUAUAAUUAUAAUAUUUUAUAAUUCAAAA